AUGGGCGGGCCUCGAUACUUAGUUGCCAGAAACUUGGAUGAGUUAGGACGUGCACUUCAGCUCGUCCCUCGAGACAACGACUGUAUCGAGUGUGACGAUAGCACAGGACUCCAAUGUCCUAAGUGCUCUGAUGGUGAGAGCUGCCAAUUUACCGUUCCUCUCGACUGCGCCCAAUGUGCUACAUCCAGCUGCAUGAAGGAUGAAGAGGCCGAAUCUGACAAAGGCGGCGGCGGCCUAAACAUUGGCAGCAUCAUUGGCGGUAUCAUCGGUAGCAUCGUAGUGAUUGCCGUCGCUACAUAUUUUGCCUGGAGGUUCUAUAUUAAGCCUAAGAGGUCACAGACUCCCACAUCUAUCAAUGUCGAAGACAUGGACCCUGUGCAAAGCCCCGAGAAGAAUACCGCCUUGGGGGGGACUCGUCCCCUAUCAACACAUACCGUUCAUUCUAUCGCUCCCACCGUCCUCACUCGAGCCUCCAAUAUUAUCCAGAUCGCCUACAUCCCCGGCGUUACCAACCGAGCGACUCCGACGUCACCAAACCUUCCUGCUCCUCUCGUCUUGCUGAUCCCCGUGCGUAGCGACGAGGACAACCGAAGCCGUGGGAACGACGACCAACACUUUUUUGUCCCUAGCGACCUUCAAAACUCGACCUACUCGAGUCUAUCUGGCUCCUCAGACCGAGCCUUAUACGCCCGCACCCCUUACGCACCUCGGUCUAAUGUUACUUUCCUUCCGAGGUUUUACCCUGAUCAAGAGGCCGGCAUUCUUAGCAAAGUAUUGCGUCUUGAACAGGAGGCUACCAUAUCAAUGCAGUCUCCAGCGACAGUAGAAUCGAGGUCAUUCUGA